CUUUUUACUCCCGCAAAUUUGGUGGCAUUUUCCAUAGAGUACGUAUAAUAUAAACUCACGUAUCUAUUUGUUUUUUUUCCCUUGUGAGGAGUCCAAAUUAGCAGGCCGAACGACUAAGCAUAUAAUUCUUCAUAUCUUAUAUUAUAGCAAAAUAUAAAGAUUGGAGAGGGAUAGAGAGAAAUAAAAAUGGGAACAUAUUACCAAACGCCAGCCGUAGUAGUUCCUGAAGAUCAAGACGACAACGUACUCCAGCGACAGUCUUCCCAUGAUGGAAAAGAGCUUGAUGCUGGUGCUCUUUUUGUUCUUCAAUCUAAAGGAUCAUGGGUGCACUGUGGGUACCACUUAACAACAUCAAUAGUUGCACCAGCGCUACUGAGUUUACCAUACGCGUUUAAAUUUCUUGGAUGGGCUGGAGGUAUUAUGUGCCUAAUUACAGGAGCAUUGGUCACAUUUUACUCUUACAAUUUAUUAUCAUUGGUCCUCGAACACCAUGCCCAAUUAGGUCGUCGCCAUCUUCGUUUUCGAGAUGUGUCUCAAGAUGUAUUAGGACCAAGAUGGGGAAAAUAUGUAAUAGGGCCAGUUCAAUUUGCGGUCUGCUAUGGCGCAGUUGUUGGCGCUUGUCUUUUGGGUGGCCAGUGUAUCAAGGCUAUUUACCUCCUGUUUGAUCCAAAUGGACCGAUAAAGCUGUAUGAAUUCAUCAUCAUGUUCGGAGGGUUAAUGCUAAUCCUAGCUCAGAUGCCAUCAUUUCACUCUCUUCGCCAUAUUAAUAUGAUUUCUCUACUCCUGUGCCUGGGCUAUAGUGCCGCUGCUACGGCUGGCUCCAUUUAUAUAGGGCAUACAUCGAAAGGCCCAGAGAAAGAUUACUCAAUUAACGGCGACUCACAAGAUCUUGUUUUCGGUAUUUUUAAUGGAGUAGCCAUCAUUGCAACAACUUUCGGAAACGGAAUCAUUCCUGAAAUUCAGGCAACAAUAGCACCACCAGUGAAGGGAAAGAUGUUCAAGGGACUAUGUGUGUGUUACGCAGUAGUUUCAGUGACAUUCUUGAGUGUGGCAAUCUCAGGUUAUUGGGCAUUUGGAAACCUAGCUGAAGGACAGAUAUUAAGCAACUUUGUUGUAAAUGGAUCACCUUUGCUCCCUAAGUGGUUUAUUUUUAUGACCAAUGCCUUUGUCAUCCUUCAAAUCGCAGCAGUUGGCGUGAUAUACUUGCAACCCACAAAUGAAGUGCUAGAAGGAGUAUUUGCAGAUCCAAAGAGUGCACAAUUCUCCCUUCGAAAUGUGAUACCAAGAGUUAUAUCACGGUCACUCUCAGUUGCCAUUGCAACAACGAUAGCAGCAAUGAUUCCAUUUUUUGGAGAUAUAAAUGGACUUAUUGGAGCUUUUGGUUUCCUUCCCUUAGAUUUUGUUCUACCUGUCGUGUUAUUCAACCUUACUUUCAAGCCCUCAAAACGUACUUUCACUUUUUGGUUGAAUCUCAGCAUUGCUGUUGUUUUCUCUAUAUUUAGCAUUAUUGGGUCUGUGGCUGCUGUGAGGCAAAUCAUCCUUGAUGCCAAAUCAUAUAGAUUGUUUGCUAAUGUAUGAAAAUUUUGUAUCCAUUAAAGUCAUGAUGAAUUUUUUCCAAUUAUUAUUA